GCUGGGGGAAAGCGGGAGCCGGAGCGGAGCCCUGACCGCUUGUUUUUGGAAUGAUUUCAGCUAUCUCCAGCCCCUGGCUCACCCAGCUGUCCCAUUUUUGCGAUGUUGCAGCUUUCACGGCCAACAGCCUGAGCAGCCUGAACGCCUCCGGGGGGUACCACCUCUCCCCCUCCCCGGGGGACCCGUACGGACAGCAUGAGCCGCCGCACUACGAGCCCUGCCCGGCUCAGCAGCACCCGCACCCGCCGCCCCAGCCCCAGCACGGCUACCCUUUCGGCGGGGCGGCGGCGCCGGCCGGGACCAACCCGCCGCCCCCAGGCCCCGAGCAGCCCGAGGGUGCCGGUGGAGCCGCUGCGGGGCCGGCCUCAGUCUCGGGCUGUUCUGCGGCGGGGGCCGCCACGGCCAAGGCGCCGGUGAAGAAGAAUCCGAAGGUGGCCAACGUAAGCGUUCAACUAGAGAUGAAGGCGUUGUGGGACGAGUUCAACCAGCUGGGCACCGAGAUGAUCGUCACCAAGGCAGGCAGGCGCAUGUUCCCCACCUUCCAGGUGAAGAUAUUUGGGAUGGACCCUAUGGCUGACUACAUGCUCCUGAUGGAUUUCGUCCCGGUGGAUGACAAGCGAUAUCGGUACGCCUUCCACAGCUCCUCCUGGCUGGUGGCCGGCAAAGCCGACCCCGCCACCCCCGGGAGAGUCCAUUACCACCCGGACUCCCCGGCCAAAGGGGCGCAGUGGAUGAAGCAGAUCGUUUCCUUCGAUAAGCUCAAACUGACCAACAAUUUGCUGGAUGACAAUGGGCAUAUCAUUUUGAACUCCAUGCACAGAUACCAGCCGCGUUUUCACGUGGUCUACGUGGACCCCCGGAAAGACAGCGAGAAGUACGCGGAGGAGAACUUCAAAACUUUCGUCUUCGAGGAGACGCGCUUCACUGCAGUGACCGCCUACCAGAACCACCGGAUCACACAGCUGAAGAUUGCAAGUAAUCCCUUUGCCAAGGGAUUCAGAGACUGCGACCCUGAGGACUGGCCCAGGAACCACAGGCCAGGGGCUCUUCCUCUCAUGAGCGCUUUUGCCAGAUCCCGGAAUCCAGUCUCUUCCCCAGCCCACCAGAAUGGGACAGAGAAAGGUGAGAGUCCCCAGUGGCCAGGCCAGCCCAUCACCCAACCCUGCUGGCCUGCUCGGCCCAUGCAUGCAUGCUUGGGGCCAGCCUUGCUUACUAUGCUGGUACACAGCCCCAUUACUAAUGAGCUUUGUCCUACUACUUAUUUUUAAAAGAAAAAUACCCACCUUCAUAGCAUAAUUCAUUCUUCCUUGGGCUACAACAUUUACUGUUGUUUUAUGCUUAAGAAAAUGUGCUGUUUUAAAAAACACUGUCCCUUGCCUUUAGAGUUUCAUUUUCAACUUUCUGGCAACAAACUCAGCUUUUUAGGCUGAGAUGCAGUGCUGGCCACAGGUUCCUUUUCGCAUUGCCCUUUUAAUGUGCCUCGGCAGUGCGCUUAGGGCCGACCCACUCCAUUCAGGAGCUGCAGUCAGGUCGAACAGCACCUCUGCCCAUUGACUGCUUUUCCAUUACCCAGAGCAAACAACUGCAAAGACAACCGAAGGCCUUUCUUCCAACGCACUCCAGGCCUGCAAAAUAAAGGGAAGUCUGUGUUUGUUUAGUGUUACACAAUUGCAAAAAUGUCAGGCGUGUACCAGCUUGUCAGUCAACUCAGCUCCAUUUAUCGCAGU